CUCGUCUCUGCUGCACGUGUCUUUCUCCCGGCCGAUCGAGAAACUUUAUUCGCACACUUCGUGUUCACAUCGGGUUUGGAUUUCUGUUUUAGUGAUUUCAUAUUAUAGUUAGUUACCAAGCUAUGUAAUUUUAAAAAUCUUUGUGAUCAUCGCGAUAUUUCGUUGGAGAAAAUUCAAAUGGCUGUUUAUGAAGUUUUGCGAAAAUAUUGUGCGCUGCUCGCUGGCUGUCGCUAGUAGCUACGUGCUCGUACAAUGUAAAGCCGAGUGGAAGAAGACAUUUUAUUUCAAGAAAUAAAAACAUCGCCAAGAUGGAGAUCGAGGAAGUGGAGAUGUACGGCCACAGCAAUUACUCCUUCGACGAGAACUCGACGUUGAACGGCACUUACGAGAACUGCCCCAACAUAAACCUGCCCGUCGUGUACGUGGUGACGCAGGUGUUGUACGCACUCGUGUGCGUCGUCGGUCUGCUGGGCAACACGCUCGUUAUCUACGUCGUGCUGCGCUACUCCAAGAUGCAGACCGUCACCAACAUGUACAUCGUCAAUUUGGCCAUUGCUGACGAGUGCUUCCUCAUAGGGAUCCCCUUUCUCAUAAUAACGAUGUCGGUGCGCUCUUGGCCGUUCGGACGCUUCAUGUGCAAGGCGUAUAUGAUAUCGACCGGCAUCAACCAGUUCACGAGCAGCAUCUUCCUGUGCAUCAUGAGCGCGGACCGGUACAUCGCGGUGUGUCACCCCAUCGCCGCGCCGCGCCUGCGCACGCCUUUCGUGUCGCGCCUCGUGUCUGCCGCCGCGUGGACCGCCUCCGCGCUUGUCAUGACGCCCAUCUUCAUGUACACCACGCUGAUACAGAGCGACAAUGGGCUCUCGUGCAACAUCGUAUGGCCCGAGCGCGAGUUCGCCAAGGGUCAGGCCUCCUUCACACUCUACUCCUUCGCGUUGGGCUUCGCUGCACCCCUCACUCUUAUAUUCAUCUUCUACUGCCUUGUCAUCCGCAAGCUGAAAACCGUUGGUCCGAAAAAUAAGUCAAAGGAGAAGAAGCGCUCGCACAGGAAAGUAACAAAGCUGGUGUUGACGGUGAUAGCGGUGUACGUGCUGUGCUGGCUGCCGUACUGGGCGUUCCAGGUGGCGCUGAUCUACUCACCGCCCACCGAGUGCGCCAGCAGGAUCACCAUCACCGUGUUCCUGGUGGCGGCUUGUUUCAGUUACAGCAACUCCGCCAUGAAUCCCAUCCUGUAUGCCUUCCUGUCGGACAACUUCAAGAAGAGCUUCCUGAAGGCGUGCUCCUGUGCUGCCGGAAAAGACGUGAACGCCACGUUACACGUGGAGAACAGUGUGAUACCGAGGAAGAAGGGCGGUGGGACUGCUCGAGCGCAAGCGCGAGCCGCGGCGGAGACGCGCGGACUGACAGCUGGCGUCGGCGCGAGCGGCGCAGCACGCGCGGUCUGCCCAGCCGGCUCGCGUUCUGAGGCCUCAACCGCAGUAACGUCGAGGUCGGCGGCGAGCGAGGCGCUGGCGCUGGAGGCACGCCCUGCGGCGUCCCCUGCUACUCUCACGCCCCUCAUAGCGCACAACGGCGUGUCGCACUCGCGGCUCUGAGUGCGGGCCUCUCGCCCUCGUCGCGAGCCCUCGAGUGCUGUACUCGAGGAGGAUACUCUCAUCGUGUCCAUCGAUUAAACUGGUAAAGACUAUCCGAUUGUGGCCUCGCGAGGUCGAAAAACUAUUCACACCUAGCUGUAAAGUUACAAGUGUUUUUGUUGGUAUAUAAAUUUUCGCGGACCCGAGUGGGAAAUGUGAGUGAUUGUAACUCGGGACGAGUAUAACGAGCACAGUUUCGGCCUAGGGUUGUAACGAUGAAUUUAUUAAUGUAGUUAGAUUUUUAUCACAUAGUUAAUAAGUUUACCGUUUGUAUACCAUUAAUAAAAGAUAUUGUUGUAAAAAUGUACAUAUCGUGUAAAUAAAAAUU